AUGUAUACAGCACCCGAACCCGGCUCAAAAAUCAUCAUUGUAGGCGCUGGUUGCUUUGGCCUAUCUACUGCUUUUGCUCUUUCAAAAGAUAAACAAAAGAAUUACGACAUUUGGGUGUUUGACAGAGGAGAAUCCAUUCCUAUCUCGGACGCAGCAUCCACAGACAUCAGCAAGGCUGUCAGGAUGGACUAUGGCAACAACACGCUUUACAUGCAUUUGGCUGUUGAAGCUAUUGCUGCUUGGAAGCAAUGGAAUACUGAACGGGCAGAGAAAAAUCUGGCACCUGUUUACCACAACACGGGUAUGCUCCUAUUCUCAGCCAACGGACGCUUUGCAGAAUACGAAAUAGACAAUAUGAAGAGUAUCCGGGCGGCCGGAUUUGGGGAUUACAUUGAAGAAUUAAAUGCGGAGCAGCUCAAAGAGAGAUACCCUUCCUUGUCGAAUACUGUUGAUAAUGGAUAUGAUAUUGCUUAUGCCAACAAAGUCGGAGGUUGGUGUAACUCUUCCGAGUCGAUCAAGCACUUGUAUGCUGGAUGCGUACAAAAUGGCGUCAACUUUGUCUUGGGAAAUGAGGCGGGCCGCUUCCAGGAGUUACUGGUGGACAAUCGCCAUGUCAGAGGCAUCAUUACUGCCGACAAGAAAGAGCAUACUGCAGAUCGAGUUAUUGUGGCUGCUGGAUCUUGGACACCCUCUGUGAUCGACAUGCACGGACAAGCAAUUGCGACAGGCCAAUAUGUCAUUCAUUUUAAGCUUUCAAAGGAGGAUCAAGAGCGUAUGGCAACAUUCCCUGUCUGGAGCGCUGAUGUUUCAAACACUGGCUUUUACGGAUUUCCAUGCAAUGAAAACGGCAUCUUGAAGAUUGCCAAACAUUCGACUGGUUAUUUGAAUCCUUCCAACGUAUUGAAUCAAGACAUUUCAGUGCCUAGAACACAAUCUACGAAUCCAAACGACACCAUCCCUAAGAGUGCGCUUGCUGAAGCUAGAGCCUUUCUCAAGAAAUUCUUGCCCUUUACUGAUGCGUUGGAUGUUGUCUAUUCGAGAGUCUGCUGGUACUCAGACUCUAUUGAUGGCGAUUUUAUUAUUGCACCACAUCCUGAUUACGAUCAUCUCAUUGUUGCAACAGGUGAUUCUGGACAUGCCAUGAAAUUUCUACCCGUCAUUGGCGACAAAAUUCGUGACAUUGUAGAAGACAUUGAUUCAAAAUACAAGCAAGCUUGGGCCUGGAAAGGAAAAGAAGCACCCAAUGGAUUCUACGAUAGACCGUUGUUGGUAAAAGAAGGUGAUCAAUAUAUCAGAAUGGCAACAAAGGACGAGCUACAAGCAAAUAAAGAUUAA